AUGACUUCUGAUCAGGACACUAAAGUUGUGGCUGAACCGCAGGUGCAGCAAGUACAAGAAGUUAAAGACAGUUCUCAUCUAGUAAGUAUUAUACUGUCCCAGACCAAAUCUCAAAUGUCUGCUCUUCCAUAUCUCGCUCAGGUUCCAUCAACCAAGGUUUCUGAGUUAAAUCCUAAUGCAAAGGUAUGGGGGAAUCAUAUGUUACAUUUGGAAGCUAGUGGUGCCACUGAUGGUAGCGUGAACAAAACCUGGGAAGAAAUACCUGACCAUCCUCCAGAUUCCUGCAAAGAAGGACUGGAUGCCAAUGGUGAUGGUGACAAAAAGCAGCAAAAUGCAGUGUUAACAGAACUGCAAGAGCCAACGCUAACAGUUCCAGGGUCGGACCAAAGAGAUAUGAACCCUUUGGCUCUAGAUAAUUCAGAGUAUGAAUCGAUACAUGAAACCACCCAGACAGGAGGAAAUGACCAAUUGCAGCCAGAAGGUCAGGAAGACCUACGAGAAGUGCUUAAAAAAACACUGGAGUUCUGCUUAUCUAGAGAGAAUCUUGCCAGUGACAUGUACCUUAUAUCACAGAUGGACAGUGAUCAGUAUGUGCCAAUAAUGACAGUAGCAAACCUUGAUCAUGUCAAGAAACUCAGUACUGAUAUGGAUUUGAUUGUGGAAGUGCUGAGAUCAUUGCCUUUAGUCCAAGUGGAUGAGAAGGGAGAGAAAGUCAGGCCAAAUCAGAAUCGUUGCAUUGUGAUUUUACGUGAAGUACCUGAAUCUACACCCAUUGAAGAGGUUGAAGCACUCUUCAAGGGAGAUAAUUUGCCUAAAUUUAUCAACUGUGAGUUUGCCUACAAUGACAAUUGGUUCAUUACAUUUGAGUCAGAAGCUGAUGCACAGCAGGCUUACAGAUACCUUAGAGAAGAAGUGAAAACUUUCCAAGGAAAGCCAAUUAAGGCAAGGAUAAAAGCAAAGGCAAUAGCUAUAAAUACAUUUUUGCCAAAGAAUGGAUAUAGACCUCUGGACAUGAACCUCUACACACAACAGCGUUAUACAGCAUCCUUUUAUUUACCUCCAGUAUACAGUCCCCAACAGCAGUUUCCUCUGUACAGCUUAAUUGCCCCACAGACCUGGUCUACUACGCACAGCUAUCUUGAUCCAACAUUGGUAACGCCAUUUCCCAAUGCUGGAUUUAUCAAUGGCUUUACAUCACCAACCUUCAAGCCCCCUGCUUCUCCAUUGACUUCACUCAGACAGUAUCCUCCCAGAAGCAGGAAUCCUAGCAAAUCACAUCUACGGCACACCAUACCCAAUGCAGAAAGGGGACCUGGGCUUCUUGACAGUCCUACAAUAUUCAACUUUUCUGCUGAUCGUUUAAUUAAUGGUGUCAGGAGUCCACAGACAAGGCAGCCGGGGCAAAACAGGACACGGAUGCAAAAUACUACUACAAGUUAUACCAAGAGGGAUAUAGGAACUGGACGAAUGGAACAGACUAAUAUUGACUCUUCCCCUGGCUUAGGAAGAGGAAGGAAAAAUUCAUAUGGCUAUCGAAAGAAAAGGGAGGACAAGUUUACAGUGAGUCAAACGCAGUCUCCGCCACCUCCAAAGCCUCCAUCUCCUAGUUUUGAAUUGGGAUUAUCUAGCUUCCCUCCAUUACCUGGGGCUGCAGGCAAUUUGAAGACUGAAGACUUGUUUGAAAACAGACUGUCCAGUGUCAUAAUGGGAACAUCAAAGGAAAGAAACCUAAAUGUGGAUGCAAGUACAAACACUAUUCCAUCAGGAAUUCCUCGAGAGCCAUUGUUGCCAGCGUCUCCUGCUCUCUCUGGGACGUUUGAAAGGUCUCCUUCCCCAUCCCAGUCUCCUGAUGACUCCAAGGUUGUCGACAAGCAGCAGAGAGAGACACAAAGUAUGGAAAGACUUUCUUCCACGCUCAGUACUGCAUGUAAAUCAGUACAAGUCAAUGGGGCUGCCAUAGAACUACGAAAACCUAGUUAUGCAGAGAUUUGCCAGAGAACAACUAAGGAUCCACCUACGUUGCAGCCCCAGAAAGAACAGAAGCCAAACACUGUAGCUUGUGGGAAAGAUGAAAGAAAACCCACAGAAACAAUAGAGAAAAACAGAGAACCCCCUCCCACAAAGUCAAAUCCAGGACAGCCCAAAGACCAGAGGAGACAGUCAGGGCGCAGAUCGCCCCCUCCAGCUGUUGGGAAACGUUUAAAUAAAGAACAGAACACCCCCCCAAAGUCUCCUCAGUGAAACUAAUGCUUGGGAGGGGGUUGAAAAGAGUUCUACUUCCCACAAAUUAGAACCCAUGUUCCCACUCAGAGUACAGAGAAUGAGUUGCUGGUUAGGGAGCUUGCAGUGCCGCUAGGCAUAUAGAAUGCCUGCAAGUUUUUUCUUCUAUGAAAUAAUUUUUUACCCUCUUGAGCAAACGUUCUAUUUUUCCAGGAUUUAAUUGAUCUAAACCUUAUAUUUAGGUUGGUGCUUAACUGGAGGUGAUGCUUAGUCUGAUUAUUUUCAAGAUAGAAAAUGUGUUAUCUUAAAAAAUCAAUUUUUUUAUCAAGCCUCCUUAUGGCAAUAUGAAUACAAGCUCAAUAUAGUGAGUAUUCCUGAACUAUUAAGCAGAACUGUGCUGCUGCAAUUUUUUAAUAAACUGGUCUGCAAGUAACUGUAUCUCUAAAAUGUCCAAAAGACUGAUAAUGGCAGCUAGCAUAGAGCAUUAAAAAAAGUAUAUCGUACAAAAUAGUAUGAAUAUGACCUUGAGGAUUUUUUUAUUGGGCUGCUGUUCCAAGUAUCGGUUAAUAAACUUGCACUUUUAGGUUAAACUAAUAGUUGAUUAUAGCAUUUUUUUAAAACUAAUCUUUUUUGAUGUCUUCUGCAAAAAAAAAAAAGUCCUCCAGAGAGCACCAAUAGAGAUUUUCUAAAAUAUUUAUGUUCGGAUGUACUGCAAGCAAGUAACCAGCUUCUCACUCCAGAAUAAAAUGAAUACUAUAAUUUCCAAAUACAAAGCACAUUGUGAAUAGAAAAAAAAUUGUGAGGUGAGCUUCUAUAGUGGUGAAGCCUGCUAAUGGCUGUUAUCACAAGAAAGCACAGUAGUGUUCUUGUGAUGAUCUAAACUUCCCCCUCACCAGGAUGGAGUUAACUAGUCAUUACUGUACUUUCUAGUUUAUCCCUGUGCUCAGUGUAGACUUUUUUUAACUUGGCCCCAAGUGCUCUUUGAAAGAGUUCAUAUCUUAGUCAGCCUAGUGUUGACAUCUUCCUGUAACUACAAGCAUUGGCAUGUGGAUUUAAAUUUUUCAAACCUUGAGAUAAUGGUAUUUGUUUUUUAUGGUGGAGGAAGAGAUCCCUGCUAUUUACCUCUGGGAUGAGGUUUCUCACACUUGUAUUUACUUUAGAAGUGAUGCGCUUUCUGAAGGACAAGGAUGCACUAAAUUAGCAAGCUUCUAAUAAAGUUGAAUAUAAAUUAUUUUUGUUUUAAAAUGCCUAAAAAUUUUCUUUAAGUGUUUAAAUAGCAGGCAGUUCAGAUAAACCUCUUUCCUGCUGAAUAUAACAGUACAGUUUAUUCCACAAAAAUGUUUGUUUAAACAACUGAUUUUUUUAAAGAAUUAUUUCCAUCCAAUAUUUAAAGACUUGAAUUUUAUUUAAACUUGAAAAUGACUUUGCCUUAACUUUUGUAUAAGACAGCUUAGAGUUAAUGAAGUCUGACCCCCUUAAGGGUUAGCAUGAGUUAAUUACAGAAUUACUCAGUUACAGUAUGUAUCUAUUGUCACUGGUCUUACUGGGUAAACAUACUGUAGUACAGGAACUAGCAGCAGUUUUUGUAAUAUACCUUAAAGAUCUUAAACAGUUGAUCUUUUUCAGAUUGUUGAAAAAUCUGUAAAUGCAAAUAGUCAAUACUGUAUUAAAUAUGUGCACUUGGAAGUGUGUGCUUUGCUUGUACAGUUGUAAAUAAUCAGAACAUAUAAAAAGGUACCCUAAAGAAAAAAAAUCUGAUAAAAAUUAUUGAUAUAUUAUAAAUGUUGCUGUUGAGCUGGAUGUAGAUAAACUAAAUGUUGUGGUUUGAAUAUUACUUUAAUUUGUUGUUUUUUGUUUUUUAUUUUAUUCUGGUGUGCUGAACUGACUCUGCCUCUUCACUGCAAAAGGGAAAUGGAAAGAAAGUCUUAUUUCAAAGCCCUCAAAUGUUUUCAUAAUAGUCUCUCUAAAAGUGUGCAUUUCAACCAAUAGGUGUUCGGUAACAUAAUGUAAAUAGCAAACUCUGGCAGUCUAGCAGUUCAGCUGAAAUUUAAAAAAUCCCAGUAAUAAAAUCAAAUAAAUUCAUUGGGAUAAUAGUUCAAAUCACCAGGAAAAAACACCCUGAAGCUUAUUUGACCACCUCUUCCAGGGAGAGUAUCCAUGCUUACGUAGAUGGAUAAUGAGCUUGACUAUGGCUGUGUGUAAAAAUAAAUAAAAAAAUAAAAUAAAAAGUAAAAGAGUAGCAGUUAAUUUCCUAGCAAUUUUUAUACUGCAGACAUCGGAUAGCAAUGAAUUGACCUUUU